AUGGAGGAGUAUAUACUAAUCAACGAAAGCAAAGAUGACGUCAUUAUUCCAAUUGGCGCAACGUUCGACACUGCCGUGUUACACAUAGGCGUCAGAACCAGACGCGAUAUUUCCAUAGAGAAACCAGACGUUAAACAAGGAACAGAAGUCAUUACCUCUGUGGCAUAUGCCACUCGGACAUUCUCUGAAAAUCGUAAUAAAAAAGACAGCAAGGAAGUAGGUGAGAAAAACAAAAAGCAACGAAAAGUUGGUAGAAAUAAUGUAAUGAAUGCGCAGAGUGCAAGCAUGCAAAAGCCAAAAGAGAGUAAUAUCAAGACAUUGCCAAAGUUUCAGAGCUCUUUAUGUUUUAAGCUACAGUUUGAGACGCCAAGUAAUAAACCAGUGACAGCGCCAUUACCAGGCACAAAACUACAAAAGCAGGCUAAAUCUGGACAUGCUAAAGAUGAUAUUGACACUUUGAGAGAAUCGGAAGACAGCACUGCCAAACCAGAAUUCAUAGAUGCUUCUAUUUCAGUGGAAUUACCAGACACAAAGCUAAAAGAUACGGUGUUAAACGCACCCAAGGCAGUUAAUCCAUGCCGAGCCGUUGCUGAAUCCAAUAUAAACCCUGGUGGUGAAAUGUCUGACACACUCAAGGGAUAUGAAACUAGUGUUAACCAGACAGCUGCCUUGAAAGCCGCUUUUUCUGAUAAAUCGUACGAAAAGUUACCCGAAACAGAUAUACCCGACAAAGUCUUCCAACAAAAUAUGUUAUCAAACGUCACAGCGCAAAAAGAAGGUGCACUUAAACCAACCGAAACUGAACCACUUGAUCAAACUGCAUUACGUCAAAUACAAGUAGACGACACAAGUCUAAAGGAAGUACUUGCAAUGUCUAAGUCAGACUCUGUUGUUGCUGAUGAAAGUAUCCCAGUUGAAGUACAAAGGUUGGAAAAUCUACCCGAGGAGAUGUUUCCUGACAAAUUCCGUGUUUUGAAAGAUGUAACCACACAAAAAGAAAAUAAAGCCAAUAUUUCAGAUGAAGUCAUACUAUCCAAAGAAUGUGCAGCUAAAGGAUCCGUGGAACAGUCUAACGAACAAGAUUAUGUUAAAGACAUUGCAAUAUUGCCCGUACAUAGUGCACCUACACUGUCUGAAAACAUCUCUCGCGGUAGAAAAGAUGAUGUCAUAAUUCCUUUUGAAAAAUAUGUUAUUAUUACCAUUGAGAGUGAAGGCAGACGUACUGAAACGGCACAUCACGACAAAACCAUUAUUUCUGAAGUUGUCGCCAUAGAACUAGAAGAGGUCAAAACAUUUGUAGCAGAACCUCGAUACCAAUUCGAAAGUACACAAUAUGAUAUAACGAGAAUGGACAAUGAAUUCAGACGAUCAGGAGCACCACCUCACUUUCAGUCCGAGGCUAGAGAAGAUUACUUUACACGAUACAAGUCAGAUAGCACAACACGAAAAGAAAGUAAAGUCAGAGAAUCAGAAACACCUUGCUACCAGUUCGAUGGCACGAAAGAUGACAUAACCAACGUAGAAAGAGAAGUCAAAGCACAUGAAUCGGCUACCCCCUACUACUCACAUAGUACUGACAAAGAUACAACAAACGUGGACAGUGAAGUCGAAGUACUUGAAACAACGACUCCCUACCAAUUUGCUAAUGCAGGAGAUGAUCAAGCGCUCGCGAAAUGUGAAGUUGGAGCAGUUAAAAGAAAGCCACGCUAUCAGUCCGAUGAUACAACACAGAUGGAAGUUGUAAUGCAAUCUGAUGACCAGUCUGACUACAUAGAUGUGGCAGUACUUCUGGAAAGAGAAACAAGAGCGUUUAGAAUAUCACCUGUUGAUCAACCCUUUAUCACAGAAAAUAUUACAACAGAAUGUGGAACUAGAACAAAUAAAACAGAGCAUGACGGACAAGUUGAUACGCAAGGAGGUGGCAUGUCACACGAGGAAAGCGCAAAGAAAUCCGAUGAACAAUCACUUGCCCAGUUGGAUUCCGUAACAGUUACAACAGACAUACACAGUGAAACUACAGAAAAUGAAAUAGAAGAUCGUGACCAUUUUGGAAAUACACCAAAGGACAAUAUACAUGUGGAAGCCGGAACCAGUGCACCUGAAACAAUGAUUUUGUUUCAAUUAGAGCUUGCAGAUAAUGAAACUUUCGUGCAGUGUGAAGAACGAAUAUCCCAAGCAAUAACACUUAUAGAACAGUCUGGUACCCGAACAGUUGAAAUUACCACACAUGCGGAAGAGGCAGUCAGAACUUAUACUAAUAAUCACCAUAACGAAACCGUAGAGGCAGUAGUAGAAGAAGUAGUAACAGCAGCAGCAACAGCAGCAGCAGCAGCAGAAGAAGAAGGUCAAAUCGCAGAAGAUAAUAUAAGACCAACAGACGUAAACAUUUUAAAUUCAGUCACAACUAUUUCCGCCGACGAAGAAGACGGCGUGUUUGGAAUAAUGGACAUUUACAUAAAGAGUGAUAUCCACUGUGAUGUAAACAAAAUCUGCACCACAGGGAUGUGCACAGAGAUAGCAGACUUUGGAUAUUCAUUCUUUUCUCUUUCUUAUUUCUACAAGUGAUAUAACACCAUUAAAAUGUUAUCAUUAAAACCAAA